AUGGAUUCCCGACGAGCCAGUUUCCUGGGAGAAGGACUUCUGGACCCUGCUACAUCCACCCUGUUGGUUUGUGAAGCGCUCGCGCAAACUCCGAGAGGACAGCAAAGCGAGGUUCUCAGUCUCUUGCCAAGGCCAUUAGAUGCACGUUGUGUGGAUGUGAAGCUCGAGUUUAUUGUCGCACGGAUUGGUGAAGGGGCAACCUGCGCGGGCAAUCAGGAAACGGGGGAGGAAGCGGAGCAAACCGCUACAUCCAAUUUGACCUGUGGGUCCCUCGGGCUACGCUCUUCCAUAAUAUCCGCUUGCCGUGCUGGCGCUUCCAAUCGUGCAAUCCUUCUUCAUAACAAGAGGUUGCAGCGAGAGCCGGCUGAGCAUGCUAUCGUUCUCUCGCCCUCCUCCAUGGUGGAUACCAGGUCAUUCCUGGAAUACGAGCCAAUCACCUUUUGGUUUGGACCUAGUUUUAUCGUUCUGGCUCUUUUGCCACUCUCAAGCAAUCCGUGGACUGUAUGGGGUUUCCGCUCCCCCACCAGCCGAUACAUCCAUCUCUCCGACUUCCUGAUUUAUCCCAUACGCGUCGCUCGUCGCUAA